UCAGAGAAGAAGACACAUCCACAAUAAGUUUCACUGAUUUAAAUGAAGAAAAUUUAAAUGCAUAUGCAAGUCCAAUAGCAUUUCAUCCUCCUAUGUUAAAUUUCCAUUUUCACCCUGUGGGUAUGCCUCAUAUGGAACGUGUCACUGUGCAGAAUUUAAGUCCUGAUACCAGCAUACAUAUGUUAUCAAUAUCAGGCAAUACAUUGCAUACUCAUUGUUCAUUUUUUCAAGAAAAGGUCAUUCCUCCAGGUGGAAAUACCAGUUUUGAUGUUGUUUUAUUAGCCAGAGAAGAAGGUCCUGUGGAGGAUACUUUAUUUAUUCACACAUCAUUAGGCUCCUUUAAAUUUCAAGUUUUAGCUGUUGGAAUUUCCAAUCCAUACAGAUUAAGGCCGUUUGUUGGUGUCAGAAUGCCAUUGAAUAGCAGCUAUUCUCCUAUAAUUUAUAUGCAUAAUCCUCAUAGUUCUACAUUGCAGUUGACAGAAAUGUACUCAAGUGGAGGAGAUCUGCAUUUAGAGUUACCUGAUGGUGAAAGUGAAGCUCCUAAGUCUCUCUGGGAAAUUCCACCAUAUGAGACAAAGCCUGUUAUUAAAGCAAAUUUUAUAGCUAGAAUUGAAAAAAAUCAUACUGCAUUUAUUCGUAUUCGAACAAAUAGUUCUGGACAAGACUAUUUAUUGCUUCCUGUUGAAGUGGAUGUCACUUCAGCUCCUGGUAUUUAUUCGCCAACUGAGGUGCUUGAUUUUGGUGUGCUUAGAAGUCAUGAUGAGCCAAAAGUUUUAACUUUAUCAUUACUCAAUUCAGGGCAAAAACAUGUUCAUAUUGUGAACGUUAUUGCCACUCCAGUAAAUGAAGCAGUAGAUGUAAAAUUUAUACCUGUUAAAGUACCACCAGAUACUGUUUUCAGUACUCAAGUAGCUACUGUUACUUUUACUCCUGCAAGAGCUCUGCACCCUAAGCAGUGCUGCGGUAAAAUAGUCAUAAAAUCAAAAAAUAAUCAGUAUAAGCUACAAAUACCAUAUCAAGUUAAUUUAAUACGAGGGUUCCUCGAUUACAAUAAAAAUUGCACAAGAUUUUAUGUUGGUGUACAGAAUAGCAGUAAUGUACGACAGUUAAACAUCACAAAUAAUUUUAAUGUUGUGUUAAUUAUAUAUAGUAUAUCAUUGCCAGAUGAAGCUAAAUCUCAUUUUUCAAUAAGAAUGAAAGAUUCAGUUGUAUUAAAACCUGGGCAGUCUGCACCAGUGGCAUUUCUAACAUUCAAGCCGACAGUUCCUGAUUUACAGCUUACUUCCUAUUUAAGAUUGCACACUAAUAUUUCACAUUUUGACAUUCCACUUUUGUGUUUUACUGGUCAUCUUAAAGUGUUUUUACCACAUGCCAUUAAUGAAAGCUUUAUAGAUUUUGGUACCCUAGGAAUGGGUGACAAGCGUACUGUUGUUUUUGCUGUGAUCAAUGAGAAUCCUGUUGAUGUAAAUUUGAAAUUUUGGGGAUCUAAUGCAAGUAAAACUUAUGUGGAGCUUGUUGGUGUAGAUAAAGGAAAUGCAAGCACUCUGGCUUGGCGCCAGAAUUUUUCUGCAAUGGCUAGAAGUCUUAUUCUUAAACCACAGCACUAUGCAAUAUUUAGGAUAGGUAUUACAGCUCCUGUACAUGAAGGCUUAUUUCAUGGGCAAGCUUUUGUUGAAACUCAGUAUGAGAAAAUUAAUGUUCCGUUUAGUUUAAGGACUGCAAAAGGUACUCUAAGAGUAGAUGAAUUAUUCUUUGAAAAUUCGUUUCCUGGCAAAAUAUCUACACAGAGCUUAUAUGUUCAUAGCACUUUUUCGCAUUCCAUGACCAUAACUAGUAUAACUACUGUGCCAGAAGAUUCAAGAUUUGUUUUUGAUACUUUAAAACAUGGGAAUCCUAUAUUACAUCCUAAUUCCAAAAAUAUGGUAGGAAAAAUUCAUUUUGACCACAGAAAAUAUUGCAAACAAAAAUGCUAUAGUGGUUUACCAACUACAACAUCAAUGGGACACCAGUGGCUGCUUGGAAUGGCUUUACCUCCUGAUGUUGGUGAAACUGAUAAAGAAUUAUUCAGAACCCUUUGUAAAAGGUGGCAUAGCUUGAUAGAUUUGGAAGAAAAAACGACAAACAUAACUUUAAGGAUUGAUACCACUGAAGUUCGUGGAUAUUUACUGAAAGCCCAUGCAUCUCUUCAAUGGCCUCGUUUAUUCAGCCGAUAUCGACUGAAAUUUCCAGUAACUCAAAUUGGUAAUCGUACAGUUAAAGAUUUUACUCUUGAAAAUCCUUCCAGCUUACCAAUCUUAGUUCAAGUUGUUCCUCUGUCUCUUUACCCAAACCCUGCAAACAUUAUUAAUGUUUUAAAAGACCGAUAUGGUGAUGACUUUAGUUCAAAUAAUAUUGUUAAGGAUUCUGAAAUUUUUUCAUUAGAAGAUAUAGAAGAAAAUAAUCCUUAUCUUGAAAACCAUAUACCAGCAUACCGAAAAAGCCUUGAAGAAUUCUUUGGCAUUCAGUCUCAUAAAAAAAGUAUUGCUAUGCUUUUAACACCUGGCAUGCGAGUACGAAUCCAAGUUGGCUUUACUCCAAAAGAUGAUAGUUUUAAAACAUCUUUUAUUUUAAUAAGAAAUAAUCUGACAGUUAUGGAUGCUCUCCUCGUUCAUGGUCAAGGUGGCCAUGGUCAAAUUAAAUUUGGAAAUAUAUCUCCUGGAAGUGAUUCUGUAUUAAUGUUUGAACUAACUGAGAGACUUUUGAAGGAUUGUGAUGGUACAAAAUCUCCAAAGUAUGUAGCACCUAAUUUUACAGUGAGAAGAGCAUUCACUGCCAGAAAUACUGGUGCAUUACCUAUUUAUAUAAAAGGUUUUGAUAUUAAUGGAAAACCAUGCCAAGGAUAUGGAUUCAGAGUUUUAAACUGUGUGGGUUUUGAAUUGAAACCUAAUGCGAGUCGAAAGAUCGACAUUGCGUAUACACCUGAUUUCUCAUUAACUCAGGUACAAAGAGUGCUUAAUAUUCGUACUAGCCAAGGUCCAGAUGGGCAGACUUUACAGUACACAGUUGUUGCUACAAUUCCUCGUCAUUUGUUAGCAUUCUGUUCUCAAGCUUUGCCUAGACCAUAUUGGGAACUCUGCAUAUAUUUAGCUUUCCUUGGCUUAUCUUCAGUAUUAAUUCUAUCUGUGAUUAUUUGUGCAUAUAUAGAUAGCAAGCGCAUUCUUCAUGAUACUUUCUUCCCUUUCAUCACUGUGGGAAUUCAUGCUGAAAAGAUUGAAAAAGAAAACAUAUUUGACUUAAAAGCUAUAUGUGCAAAUGGUAUUGAAAAUAACAGUUACAUAAAGCAUAGUACUUAUCAGCAUGAAGCAAGGAAGAAGAAAGAUAAUUCUUCUGAAUCUCUAAAAAUAUCUGAUCCUGUAUCUCUUCUAACUUCAGUUAAGAAUUCAAGUGCACCUAUCUCCAAAAGAAAAGAGUCUUUAUGUUCUAGGGACUUUGAUGAUCAUAUUGAUAACAAUAGACAUUCAAAAAAGAGGAGUUCCAGGUCAAGACAAGUUCAUGAAAAUUAUUGCUUAGAACCAGAUUUAAUUGAGAUAAAAAAGUCCCAACCACGAAAUAGCUGGACUCGAUUUUUAAAGCCACCAUUUUCAUUUCAUUCCUGUUCUAAUGUAAAUAAUAAACCUAGUGUUGCAACACAGACUAUUUCUAAUUCUGCUGAGGAGGAUUCUAUAAAAACCCUUAAAGAAUUAGAUAUUAUUGGUGACCAGAAUAUAAACUGCUUUAUUAAUAUUGAAAACAAUGCUAGAUGCAAAACAAAAAAUAAAAAUGAAAGUAAAUAUAGUGAUUCCAAAAGCUGUGUUAGAAAAAUAAAUGACUCUUUGCCUGAAGAAGAAACUUCAUCAACUACAACAGAAACAUCUACAACAGAAUCUGAUAUUAGUGAAAAGGAUCAUCGUCUGCCUGAUGUUUGUGUCACAUCUAAGUCACAAAAAAUCCGAUACUGUAAAACUAAGACUAGAGAUAAUGGUUCUGAUGGCAGCUCCCAUAUUUUAUCAAAACAUAUAGAUAAUAUUGUUGAUAGUGGAGAUUUUGAAUUAAGUACAAAAAGCAGAAGUCAUAAGAAAAUAAAAGUCGAUCCAGCAAAAGUCUUUCGAGGAGAUAUUUUGCGGCCCAGUACUUUAGAACUUCCUUAUAAGCCAAAGACAGUUCCAGCAGACCAUGAAGGUAUAGAGACAUUGUGUUCCGAAAAUGGAUUAUCUUCUGAUAUCAGCAGGUCUAUCAAGUCAAAAGAUGAUUCCUUGAAUGAUAUUGUUGAAAGAACGCAAAGUUUUGCUCUUCAUCAAGGGUUUCAUAACUGUUUGUGGUUAAAAUCUGCUUCGGAAAAUAAUCAUUCAUCAUUGUCCCUUGACACUUGUUUUUCAAAAUAUCCAUCUUCAUAUUCAGCUGCUGUAAGUAGAGACACGAUAGCAAAAAACAAGGAAAAUGGCAGCAUUUCCACUUGUAAUAUAAAUAGGAAUUAUAUAGAUACUUUCAAACCUUUGAGUUCAACUAGAUUAAAAAGAUCUCAAAAUCCUUAUUCUUUAAAUAAAAAUUUCAACAAGCCAACAACAGUUUUUCCUCCAAAUAUUUGGGGUACAGAUAACUUAAUGCAGUAUGGAUCUCAAGAAGUUCAGGAUAAUCUCUCAGGUUCAAAAUUAAAACAUUGGAUGGUGCAGUCAAAUUCUGAAGCAUUUUCACGGAGUGAUACGCCAUAUCCUCUUAAAGAUGGAAAUAAUAUAUCUGUGAAUAAAGAAAAUCAUUUAAAUGAAUGUGGUAAGAUUUGUUUUAUAGUGUUCAGUAGUUGUGAUAAAUGA